UAGUCUGUGCUUAUUUUCUUGAUUCCUUCUCCUGUCCAAUGGACGAAACUAGUACCUACUAUUAUUGCAUUAAUAAAGAAUAAGGUUUUUAGUUCACAAAUUAUCGUAAAAUGUCCAAACAAGAGAAACCUCAAAAGUCUGGUUUUGUUAUUAAACUGACUUCAGAGACUGUGCAAAAACUGGCUGUAGAGGUUCCACAAUCUAAAGAAAAUAACCAGUCAAAUGAAGCCCCGAUUGAACGUGAAAUUGCAAAUGUACAAUGUGAAGAAAUUCACAUGAAAUCUAUAAAUCGACAAAAUGAUAAUAAGGUAUGCCCAAAUGUAUCUACCAACCAAAAAUCUAAAAGUUCAGUAGAUCAUAGAGAUAAUGAAUCAAAACCAGUUGAUGAGAAAUCAGAUGCAUCAUGGGGUGAUUAUAGUCCCUAUAUUACUUAUGAAGGAGAGAAAGCCAUAUACACAGAUCCUACAACUCAACAAAAGUACACUUGGAGUACAACUAAUAAUUCUUGGGUUCCUACAAAUAAUGGAGAUGGAGUUCCUGGUAGAGUGUAUAGUUUUGAAAACGACACUCAUGUGUAUACUGAUCCUGAUGGUUCUAAAUGUUUCUGGGAUGCUGAUAAGAAAGCAUGGUUACCCAAAAUUGAUGAAGACUUCUUAGCUGUCUAUCAAAUGUCAUAUGGUUUUGUGGAUAAUACAUUGCAAACAUUGGAGAAGGAAAAGGAGAAAACCUUAAAUGAAAAUAAAGCAAUGCAGAAAAAAACAGAUACUUCUGGAGUAAAACGGAAAAAUGAGCCUCAAUGGUUUGAGCCUUCAGAAGAAACUAAUACUAAAGUGUAUGUUUCUAAUUUGCCAUCAGACUUAACCGAAGAGGAGUUUGUUAAUUUAAUGCAAAAAUGUGGUCUCGUUGAGAGAGAUCCUCAUUCACAACAAAUGAAAAUCAAGCUGUAUAUGGACAAAGAACAUAAUUGCUUUAAAGGUGAUGCUUUAUGUACUUACAUAAAAAUUGAAUCUGUUGAUUUGGCAUUAAAGUUACUUGAUGGAAGUGAUUACAAAGGAAAUAAAAUUAAGGUUGAAAGAGCACAUUUCCAAUUGAAAGGAGAAUAUAAUCCAGCGUUAAAACCAAAAAAGAAGAAAAAAAAAGAACUAGAAAAGAUAAAAAAGAUGCAACAAAAGUUAUUUGAUUGGAGGCCUGAAAAAUUCAUUGGUGAACGCUCCAAACAUGAACGUGUGGUUAUUGUUAAAAAUCUAUUUCAUCCUACAGAUUUUGAUAAUGAAGUACAGUUGAUAUUGGAUUACCAACAGGACUUGAGAGAGGAGUGCACUAAAUGUGGAGAAGUAAGAAAAGUUGUUAUUUAUGACAGGCAUCCUGAGGGAGUUGCACAAAUAACAAUGAAAGAACCAGAACAGGCAGAUGCAGUUGUGCAACUUAUAAAUGGUAGAUGGUUUGGCAAACGACAGAUCAAUGCUGAGAUAUGGGAUGGAAGGACAAAAUAUAGAAUUGCUGAGACUGAUGCAGAUAUCAGUCAGCGCAUUAAAAAAUGGGAUAAAUAUUUGGACCAAAAUGAAGAAAAAAGAUCUAUUAACCCAGACAAUUCUAAAAGUGAUAAUUUAGAAAAAAAAGAUGAAGAUACCAUUCAAUCUGUUUUGUGCGAUGAAACCAAAAAGGAUACUUCUGAUAACUAAAUUGCUAUUUAACAUAUUUGCAGCAACUAUCAGCAGCAAUUAUUUUUAUUGAAAUACUAAAUGGCUACUUAAUUUAUCUAUGUAUUAACACCAAUUUGUAGCCAAUCACUAGAUAUUUUUGUAAAAUAACUAUAAUUACAAUACAAAUU